CGUCGUUUAUCUACUCCCAUAACAAAUUAGAAAAAAGCAUCUCCUCUUCCUUUGUCAGUUUGUCACCAACUCCUCGAUUCCUUCCGCUAUAGCCAUUUCAAUCUUCUCUGCUCCUCCUCCUCUCGCUGUCUUUGCUGCCACGAACGAAACGAAAAGGUGACAUUCUUUGCAGUAAAGAUGGAUUUUAUCUUCAGAGGACUAAUUGACGAGUCUGCACCUUCGCAGCCAGAAAUACUCAGAUGUCCGUUUCUGAGGAACAUCAAUGAGCCUACCAAUUUUUCCUUCUCCUCUUCAAUGGCUUUCCCAAUGCCUGUUCGCUCUGGGAAAGGUCCAAUAUUUGAAGAUGGCCCCAAUUUUGAGACGUCAUUCAGGCUUUUUCAUGGACGUGAUGGCGUAGUCCCUCUUUCUGAAAGAGCUUUCUUGCACUCUGAGAAAGUAGUGCCCGAGUCUGCUGCACCCCAGUUUAAUCCCCUAGCUGCAAAGGCAGCCACCAUCAGUCUCUCAUCCUUUUGGCCUGGAGGACCCUUCGGCUUUCAUUCAUUUUCUGAGAAGUGGAAGAAUCAAAAGAGAAAAUCCAACUCAUCCAAAAAGGAGUCUUCUUCAAAGGGAGGACAUUCAAAUCAUGAGGCAUUGAGCAAUGAGUGGCUCCAGAGUGGAAAUUGUCCAAUUGCAAAGUCAUAUAGGGCAGUUAGCAACUUCCUGCCGCUUGUUGCAAAGGUUUUACAGCCCCCUCCAGGUGUGCAAUUCAAGUGUCCUCCUGCUAUAGUUGCAGCACGAGCAGCACUAGCUCGAACGGCUUUUGCAAAGAACCUUCGCCCACAACCAUUGCCGACAAAAGUGCUUGCUAUUGGGAUGUUGGGCUUGGCAGCAAAUAUUCCUUUGGGGAUUUGGAGGGAGCACACUGAGAAAUUCUCACCAUCCUGGUUUGCCGCUGUGCAUGCAGCUGUGCCAUUUAUAGCCAUGCUUAGGAAGUGUGUGUUGAUGCCCAAGUCUGCUAUGGUAUUUACCAUAGGAGCAUCCGUGUUGGGACAGGUAAUUGGUUCUAGGGCGGAGCGAUACCGGCUGAAGACAGUAGCUGAGAAAACGUUACCUCUCGCAGAAACUUUCGUGGCCCAGAAAACAUUGCCCCUUGUGGAAACUUCAGUUGGUAGGUCAAGUCAGUUACAAGUUGUUACCUCUAAAGGUGGGCACUGUGGCAAUCUGGUGGAGUGGGAGAAAGCUUCUGUUCUAAUGGCAGGACCGCGUUCAUCGGCAGAUCGUGUCUAUUGAGUCUAUUUAACCGGUGAGGUUGGUGCAAUGUCUUUGUGCAUUGUGGUGUGUAAUUCUUCAGAACCUGAGCUGUGCGUCUAUUUGUUCCUUAUUUUUGAUUUUUUUUUCAUUAUACAUUUUGUGAAAGACGACUAGACCAUUUCCUUGCAAAUGAGUUGAAUAAGAGAUGAAUAAUCAACCUUCUAUUAAUUCAGGCUUU